AAGGAUGGUAUACCCCUGAACGUCACCUUACGCAAGGACUGCGCAUGUGACGUUCAGCGUAUCUUAAAGCAACGGUACACUUUUGUAAAAUUUUCCGGACGGAGAGCUUCACGUUAGGGAAUCCCUACUAGUAAGGAGUACUGCAGCGGUGAAUAAUGAAUAUACCUACUUUUGAGGACCACAUAUCUUUUUAAAGUAAAUAAAGCUGAGUUCAGAAAUCCAUUUGAUUCGAAGACACAGUUCAUUGCAUUUUUGGACAUACUGAAUUUCUCGUACUUGAACAAAGAUGGCAACACCAACACCUUUAGGGUUCUCAGAACUUUUAACCAGGUCGCUCUCAGUCAUUGUCUAUGUACUUGCCAUUUCAUUGUGUUUUGUAUCAGUUAGAAGCAGUCAUAUUCGGACUGGAGAUGCUUCAUAUCCUCAGGCAGCCAAUGGGCAAACAUUUCCCUGGAACAAAAUGAGACUUCCUGAUAGCAUAAUUCCAGUUCAUUAUGAUUUACUGCUUAUACCUAAUUUGACAACUCUAAAAUUCUUAGGAUCCAUGAACAUUGAAGUCUAUGUCCAGCAGGAAACCAACACCAUUGUCAUACACAGCAAACAUCUGGACAUUGCCAAGGCAACUAUCACAAACCUGGAUGGAACAUCACCACCCAAAGUAUUGCAGGUUCUGGAGUAUCCAGUACAUGAACAAAUUGCCAUCCUCACUGCUGAACCUCUGGUACUAGGGAGAAGUUAUAUUAUCAGCUUUGAGUAUACAGCUAAUUUGUCUGACAGCUUUCAUGGCUUUUACAAAAGCACCUAUAGGACAAAAGAUGGAGAAGUCAGAGUACUUGCAGCAACACAGUUUGAACCAACAUUUGCUCGAAUGGCUUUCCCGUGUUUUGAUGAACCAGCUUUUAAGGCCCAUUUUUCUGUCAGGAUUAGAAGAGAAUUAAAACAUCUGGCACUAUCCAACAUGCCAAUUCUGAAAUCUCUGAACAUUGGGGAUAACCUUGUUGAAGACCAUUUUGAAAAGAGCGUUAAAAUGAGCACCUAUCUAGUAGCCUUCAUUGUUUCAGAUUUUACUUCUAUCAGCAAAAUGACAGAACAUGGAGUAAAGAUCUCAGUAUAUACUGUACCCGAGAAGAUAGAGCAAGCAGAUUUUGCUUUGGAAGCAGCAGUGAAACUUCUAGAUUUCUAUGAAGACUAUUUCAACAUUUCAUACCCACUUCCUAAACAAGACUUGGCGGCUAUCCCUGACUUCCAGUCUGGUGCCAUGGAAAACUGGGGUCUUACAACAUAUAGAGAGUCUGCCCUACUUUACAAUCCUGAGACAUCAUCAGCAUCUGAAAAGCUUUGGAUCACAAUGAUAAUAGCACAUGAACUUGCUCACCAGUGGUUUGGCAACUUAAUCACUAUGGAGUGGUGGAAUGAUCUGUGGUUAAAUGAAGGAUUUGCCAAAUUCAUGGAGUAUAUUUCUGUCAACGUUACACACCCUGAGCUCCAAGUUGAAGAUUACUUUUUAAGUAAAUGCUUUAAAGCCAUGGAUGUAGAUUCAUUAAAUUCCUCACACCCAGUUUCUACUCCUGUUGAAAACCCUGCUCAGAUCCUGGAAAUGUUUGAUGAUGUCUCUUAUGAUAAAGGAGCAUGUAUUUUGAAUAUGUUGAGGGACUAUAUGACUCCUGAAGCAUUUAAAGCUGGAAUUGUGCAAUAUCUUCGUCGUUAUAGCUAUAGAAACACUAAAAAUGAAGAUCUCUGGGAUAGCCUGACUAAUAUUUGUUCAAAUGAAGAUCUGCAUGAUGGUCGAAUGCAAGAGGAUGGAUUUUGCACAAAUAGCCAGAAGCGCCCUUCCAGUGCACACUGGUUUAUGGAAGAUGCCCUUGAUGUGACAUCACUAAUGAACACCUGGACACUCCAAAAGGGCUUUCCAAUGAUUACUGUUACAGUGAAAGGAAAGCAAGUUCACCUGCACCAGGAGCUUUACCAAAAAAGUGCCGAUUCUUUUCGGGUAGACAGUUACUUGUGGCACGUUCCAUUGACAUACAUUACCACCAGGUCAGCUACUGUCCACAGAUUCUUGCUGAAAACUAAAACGGAUGUAAUUAUUCUGCCUGAAGAGGUGGAGUGGAUAAAAUUUAAUGUUGAUAUGAAUGGUUACUACAUUGUACAUUAUGAAGGAGAAGGCUGGGACACUCUGGUCAACCUGUUAAUCAAAAAUCAUGAGGCUAUCAGCAGCAAUGACCGAGCAAACCUUAUCAAUAAUGCUUUCCUUCUUGUGAGCAUUGGGAAACUACCUCUGAACAAGGCACUUGAUUUAACAUUGUACCUCAGGCAAGAAGCAAAAAUCAUGCCUGUAUUCCAGGGCCUGAAUGAACUUAUACCAAUAUAUAAACUUAUGGAAAAGAGAGACAUGGUGGAUGUAGAAAAUCAGCUUAAGGCUUAUAUUGUCAACCUUUUCAAGACAUUAAUUGACCAGCAAACAUGGACUGAUGAUGGCAGUGUGUCUGAAAGGAUGCUUCGCAGCCAGCUCCUUAUGUUUGCUUGUGUUCGGAACUACCAGCCUUGUGUAGUUAAAGCGGAAGAGUAUUUUGACAAAUGGAAACAGUCUAAUGGAACUUUGAGAUUGCCUGGUGAUAUUGCCUUAGCUGUCUAUGCAGUGGGAGCACAGACAUCUGAAGGCUGGGACUUUCUUUUUCAGAAGUACCAGACUUCCCUGUUCAGUGCUGAGAAGAGUCAAAUUGAGGUAGCUUUGACAUUCAGCAGAAAUCCUGAAAAACUCCAGUGGCUAAUGGAAGAAAGCUUGAAAGGAGAUGUAGUGAAAUCCCAGGAUCUACCAUUUAUUGUUGUGUAUGUUAGCAAGAAUCCUUCAGGAUUUCAGUUAUCUUGGAAUUUUCUCAAGAAAAAUUGGGAUAAAUUAGUCCAGAAGUUUGAACUCGGCUCCAAUUUAUUAGCACACAUGGUGGUUGGAGUUACAAACCAAUAUUCCACACGCGAAAUGCUUCAUGAGGUGAAAAGCUUCUUUGAGUCUCUGAAAGAUAAUGGUUCCCAGCUCCGAUGUGUUCAGCUUGCAGUGGAAACCAUUGAAGAAAAUAUAAGGUGGAUGGAUAAAUACUUUGAUCAAAUUAAAGCAUGGCUCGAGCAGCACCAGAUAUGAUGGAAAGAUACUUAUUUUGAAGAGUGCAAAACAUGGCUACUGAAAAACCUGUUUAUAAGGUCCCCCCCUCUCCUCUCUACACACACACACACACACACACA